AUGGCGAUUCCCAUGGAAAGGUUGGGCGGACGCGCCCUGCACUCGGCUGAUAAUGACGAUGUCGAGCGCGAAUAUGACAGACUGCGCGACUUGGCUCGCGCCGAGAACGACAAGGCUCACCAGGCGUCCAAGAGAUCUCAAGAUGCCUUCCACUCGGGCGACCACGAUGCCUCCCAAAAGUACUCCCGGGAGUCCAAGCAACACUAUGCCAAGCGCGACGACUACAACCGCCAGGCGUCCGACUACAUCUUCCGCGAGAACAAUGCUCAGGGCAAGAUCGACGGAGACUCAAUCGACCUUCACGGCCUCUAUGUUGAGGAAGCAGAGCGUAUACUGGAGGAGCGUAUUCGCGCCGAUCAGCGACGAGGCCAGGAGCACUUGCAUGCCAUUGUGGGCAAGGGAAACCACUCCAAUGGCCACGUCCAGAAGAUCAAGCCCAAGGUGGAAGAGGUGUGCAGGGAAUUGGGCUUGAAGUACAGGACAGAAGAGAACGCAGGCAGGAUAUAUAUCAACCUGCAGGGCGGAGAACCCGUGAAGCCUGGCCAGCAUGGCGGCGGCGGAUAUGGAGGACCGACUGGCAAUGGUGGGCAACAUCAGCAGCAGCAGCAGCAGCAGCACGGUGGGCAAUACCACGGUGGGCAGCCACAGCAACAACAUGGAAAUCAGCAACAGAACGAGAUGGAGGAGAUGGUUGGCAAACUGCUGCCCAAGAUUUUGCGCAAGUUGGAAAAGGCUUGCUGUACGGUUAUGUGA